GCGGACCCUUCGCGCAUGCGCGUUCCCUCGGGUAACGAUGCACUGUGGGGAUCUAAGGGCAUAGCAACAAACCCAGACACUCACUCAACUUUAACGCCUAGAUAAAGUAUCAAUCGGCGGGUGUGUCCGCUUAAACUGCUGCCAUGAACGGGGCGGUGGUGAAGAAGACACAGGACACGCUGGGUAAAGUCAUCAAAAAGCCUCCUCUGACCGACAAACUGCUCGGCAAGCCGCCGUUUCGAUACCUCCACGACAUCUUCAGUGAGGUGAUCCGGACCACAGGCUUCAUGAAAGGUCUGUACGUGGAGAACGACAUGAAGUCGGACAAUGUCAAGGAGAAAGACUCUAAGAUCGCCUUCCUCCAGAAGGCCAUAGACGUGGUGAUGCUGGUGAGCGGCGAGUCGCUGGCGGUCAAGCCGGCGCGCAUCGUGGCAGGACACGAGCCUGAGCGGACCAAUGAGCUGCUUCAGGCCAUCGCCAAGUGCUGCCUCAGCAAGAAGUCCAGCGAGGCACGCAGUGAGGGGGCCUAGCCGGGAGAAGGUGUUGACCCAAAGUCCAAGGCCUCCACCUCGUCCUCCCGCUCCCAGGACAAGGAGAACCGGGACGGACGCGAGAGACAGCCCGACCGAGAGGAGAAGAGAGAAAUCCUGGAGCGGAGCGGGAGCCAGGAGCAUAAAGACCCGGAGCAGCCCAAAGAGCCAGAGGUGCGACAGGACACCAGAGAGAGACAGAGGACCCGGGAGAGGCGAGGCAAGGAGAGGGACAAGGAGAAGGAGAAGGAGCCACACAAGGAGAAGGAAAAGGAGCCACACAAGGAGAAGGAGAAGGAGCCACACAAGGAGAAGGAGAAAGACAGGGAGCGGGAUAAAGACAAGGAACGCCAUCGGGAAAAGGAUAGAGGCCGGGAGAACGACAGGGAGAAGGAAAGGGAGAAAGAUCCAGAACGAGCAAAAGAUCGGGAUAAGACGAGGGACCGGGAUUCCCACCGGGAGAAAGAGCGGGACAGGCGGAGAGAGCGGGAUAAAGAGCGGGAGCGGCCCAAGGAGGGCGAGGAGAGAGGAAAAGCUCUAGAGAGAGGCGAUAGAAAGAGCCCAAAGUGCCUGGAUGACCAAAAGGCCGAAGUCCCAGCCAAAGAACCCAGCAAUAGUCAAGCUAAACUCUCCAGUAAGGCAUCUCCUCCCCAGACUUUGCUGAAGAGGAUGCCCCUGAGUUGGAUUCAGUUGUGUCUGUUUUGUUUAUUCCAGUCAGAAAGUCUGGCAAGAAUACCGCGGCCCUCGUCUGCCAAAGGACAGAGACGUAGGCCAAAGGUCACAGGUCAAGAUGAAUCUGACAGUGAAGGAGAAGGAGAAGCUGCAGCAGCAGCAGCAGCAGAGAGAGCUGGAGCCCCUCAAGAGAACGGAGACGCAUCGGACCCCCAAGCCAACACCACCCCCAGCAGCAGACAGAUCCCCCGGCCAAGCAGCGCCCGCCCGGCCCCUCCCAGGGUCAAGAGACAGGACGGCCACCCUGACGUCCCCCCACCAGAGAGGCUGGCCAGUGCAAAGCCCCCGGCCGCUGUCAUCAUGGAGGGCAAGAAGCAGUCUGAGGACGAGGAGGACGAAGAUGAGCAAUUCCUAGUAGAGGAGGCGGCCCUCCUUCUACCCGAGAUGCCUGACCUGGAGGUGGCAAACGCAGUGGAGCUGAAUGGAGACGAGAAACACGGUGGUCUUGUGAAGAAGAUCCUGGAAACCAAAAAAGAUUAUGAAUCAUCGCCAUCGUCCCCCAAAUCCAAAGAGCAGGGCCCGGUGUCGGACGCGGCCCAGAGGAAGGCCCGUGACCUGGUGGGCCGCGAGAUGGAGCGGCUGCGGGGCUCGGUGCAGACGGUGUGCCGCAGCGCCCUGCCCUUGGGCAAGAUCAUGGACUACAUCCAGGAGGACAUGGACUCCAUGCAGGCCGAGCUGCUGGCCUGGCGCCGGGAGAACCUGCAGCACGCCGCCGCCCUGCAGGAGGAGCAGAGAACUACUGACCGGUCUGUGGAGCCCCUGCAGAAAGAGCUAGUGGAGCUGGAUCAGCUGAUCAGGGACCAGCAGGACAAGAUCUGUGCGGUCAAGUCCAACAUCCUGAGGAACGAAGAGAAGAUCCACAAAAUGGUAACAAGCAUCGGCCUCUCCUCCCGGACCUGAGAGCCCACCGGACACCAUUCAAUAAAACCACCGUCAGAACCUGGGAAGGUUUAGAACGUUCCAUUAUGUAAAACCACCUGAGGAGGCUUAGAACGUCAGAUUAUGUAAAAACACCUGAGGAGGCUUAGAAUGUUCCAUUCAAUGAAACUACCUGAGGAGGCUUGGAACGUUCCUUUUAAUAAAACCACCUGAGGAGGCUUAGAACGUUCCAUUAUGUAAAACCACCUGAGGAGUUUUAGAACGUUCCUUUAUGUAAAACCACCUGAGGAGGUUUAGAACGUUCCAUUAUGUAAAACCACCUGAGGAGGUUUAGAACGUUCCAUUAUGUAAAACCACCUGAGGAGUUUUAGAACGUUCCAUUUGAUAAAACCACCUGAGGAGGUUUAGAACGUUUCAUUUAUAAAACCACCUGAGGAGGCUUAGAACGUUCUAUUAUGUAAAACCACCUGAGGAGGUUUAGAACGUUCCAUUAUGUAAAACCACCUGAGGAGGCUCAGAACGUUCCAUUUAAUAAAACCAUCUGAGGAGGCUUAGAACGUUCUAUUAUGUAAAACCACCUGAGGAGGUUUAGAACGUUCCAUUAUGUAAAACCACCUGAGGAGGCUUAGAACGUUCCAUUUAAUCAAACCACCUGAGGAGGCUUGGAACGUUCCAUUUAAUAAAACCACCUGAGGAGGCUUAGAAAGUUCCAUCAUGUAAAACCACCUGAGGAGGUUUAAAACGUUCCAUUUAAUAAAACCACCUGAGGAGGCUUAGAACGUUCCAUUUAAUAAAACCCAUGGAGAAGGCUUAGAAAGCUUGAUUAAAUAAAGACACUUCUGAACAUGACAAGGUUUAGAUCCUUCCUUUAAUAAAACCCCCUGAAGAGGCUAAUAACGUUCCAUUAAAUAAGAACACCAGACGAGGCUUAGAACCUUUUCUUUAAUCAAAGCAGGCCAGGAUAUGAGAAGGUUUAGAAUGUUUUAUUGAAUAAAACCACGUGAGGAGACUUAGAACGUUCCAUUCAAUAAAAACACCUCAGAACCUAAGCACGCUUAGAACAUUCCAUUAAAUCAGACCACCAUCAAGUAUGAAAAGGCUUAGAACGUUCCAUUCAAUAAAACCAUCACAACCUGAGGCCACUAGGAACGUUCCAUUAAAUAAAACCAUCAGAUCAGGCUGGUUAUAAUUCUUUAAUUAAUGACACACAUGUAAUUUAAUCUAUUGGCCAAAAGGGAGGAGGGGUGGGGGUUUCAACAGGUCCAGAAAUCGAGCACUUGCUGGACGUCCGAGGAAAGAAAUUUUUCCUCCAGUUCGCCUUGACUUGUGGACCAAGUGGAAACUACCUGUCUGGCGCUGCAGAAUCACAUUCUAGACAACCAGCCAGAUGUUGAACGAUCUUAUUUAACUAAUAAAAGUAAGCUUGAAUGACCAUGAUCUUUUUUGCUGUGAGCCGUCGCCGGCCAGCAGACGGGAGAACGCUCGCCCCCCCGAUCGGUAGACAACAUAAAGAUCCUCUUUUAGCGCGGAAAACCAACCAGCGCACCAACUGGCAGCGCACGCAGGUACAGUCUGCUGCACCAGAAGCUCUGCACAUUUCAUUAGUACUGACUUUGCUACAAACAUAGAUCUGCUUCACACGGCGCCAUCAUCAGACUGGCUGUUGUAUUAUUCCUAUUAUAUUUGUACUUAUUAUAUUCCCAUUUACCCCGAUAGGAAAAACCCACAUGCCAAGUUAACCCGUGUCCAACCGACAGCAGUCUGUGGUAAAUCCUUUUCUUAUUCAGUGCUUGGUCUGCUGUGCGGUAGUUUGAGGCCAGCCAGGCACGUUCCGUCUCCAUCCAUCCUGGCUUCCAUCAGGCUGCACGUCACUUCAGACAAGCGAGCUAUGAUGGCUGAGGUGGAGCUUUAGUAUACUUAUGCUUUGUAGUAUGCUCCUUUUUUUUUGUUAUUUUUUAUCUUUAACUCUUCCCUCCUCCCUUUUGAAAGCAAUACACGGGACAGCUACCUUACUGUACAGGAACUGUAUCCAUGUCAGUAGCACUGAGGCACUUUGAAUGUGGUCAACCUGACAACGGUUAUUGAUUGUUUGUUUAUUGAAAAUUGUUUGGAUGACGAGACAAAAUGUAAAGCCCUUUUCUAGUAGAUGAUGAAUUCGGGACCAGAUCUUUUAUAGCAGGAUCAUUUCUCGUAAGGAACCAGUUGUGACUGGAUGCACCUCUCCACGUCUGUCGACUCUAACAACAAUGUCCCUAAACACCAUGUGUCGACCCCUGCUCCCCGAACCAUGGACUGUACUGCAGGAGUUGCCAAACUAUUUGUCUCCGUGAAGGACUAACGGGGAAGUACAGGAUUGUACAACGUCUAGCUUGGCAAUAGUUGUAUGAUUAUUUUAUGAGGCUAAGUGGAGCGAUUUAAGAUUGUGUUUGUUUUGUUACUUUGUCAAACUUGCCUGUUGAAAAAUUGUAGAUUCCUCUGUUUUUCUUUUUUCUCUACAAGCAAAGCAAUACUUGACUAGUUUACUGAAGUAAAUGGCUGGUGAUAGGACUACGGUUUCAAAAUACAAAAAUAGAAUUUAGACAUUUCCAAUAAUAAUUGUAUUGCUUGCCGUCAUCUCUGUACGCACAGAAGACCUACCUGGAGGGAAAGUAAUGGAAAAUAUACAUGUUUGUCUCAGUGAUUCUCUUUCGUUAUGGUACGUCUCACAAAGGGUUCACGAAUGUACUCAAGAAUACUCUUUAUUUGUAAUGUCAGUAUUAUAGUUGGACCAUCACACCAACACACAUACAUGUACAAGCAGACAUUAAAGAAGAGCUGCACAACAUAGAUAAUUAGAUUGUAUACCUGAAUGCCGGCAGAUCUGUCUGAACGCUUUCUUCCAAAAAUGAGUUUCUGUAUGUUUUUUUUUAUGAAAGGAACAUUGACAGUGUAAAUUCUAUGUACCAUAUCCCCAUUUUGUCUUUUCAAUUGUAAAUGAUGUAUAUCAAGAGUCUGUAUCAUAGUUCAAAUAAUUAUACUUUUUGUAGUGGAGUGAUAUUAAACGGUAACAUUUUAAUAAGAAUGUGUCUUGUGUCAUUUAAAGAGGAAAAAAAAUGGUUUUGAGUCCCUGAAGGUUGGUAGUGAGGAGUGAGUGAACGAAUGAAUUGAGCUCCGUGGAAGCCCAUAGCUAAUGGGAGCUCGACCAGAUAAUGUCCAUUUAAUGAGCGGUCUGGAUUGCCCACAUUGUAUUACAGGGCUGAAAGGCAUG